AUGAACAAAUCCGACGAAGAAAUUUUGUCGCAAAGGAGAUCUCACACUGCACAACGGCAGCUAGAAAAUCCGCCCGAGGCUGAUGUUGUGGAAGCGGCCGAGAAGGCUAUAAAGUCAAUUGAAGCAUGGUUACAAAACCCGGUCAACGAUCAGCUUGUUGUCGAAACGCCCACUGUUAGACACAAACGGUUCAUUUUUCAGCAAGUUAGGGCGAAGUUCAAUGGAUUCGUAAACGGUGAUAGUAGACCAAAGUCAAUCGUGUUCAUGCGAUUAACUGAAGAACAACGCGAGCGGAGAUUCAAAGAGGAUGAUGCGAUACUCUCUGACGUCAAUUUUCGCGACGUUAUAGAAAUGUUGAUUGAAGCGAAGAAACCUAUAAUCGGUCAUAAUUGUUUCUUGGAUUUAUGCCAAACGAUUCAUCAGUUUUAUGAGGAAGUCCCGGAGAAAGUACGACAAUUCAAAGCGCUUGCUCACAAACUUUUCGAAACUAUUAUUGACACCAAACACUUGGCAUCUUCACACGAAAAACUCCAGGCUCAUCUUAUUAAAACCGGUGUUCAAGAUACUCUCGAAAUGGUCCAGAGACGUCCUUUCGCUGAUUUGGGGCCAAAAAUUGUAAUCGACCCGACGUUUACUAAAUACAAACUUAACGAUGCCUCUUUGUAUCAUGAGGCGGGAUAUGACGCUUAUGUAACCGGAUUUAUAUUUGCUCGCUUGGUUGCUUUCAUGCUUCAUGAAAACGAGGAAGGGAAGAGAAAUGCAUACUCUUUCCUGGAUGAUGUCCCUGAAGGCGACAUUCCAGUAAAGAAAGUAGACGAUGAACCUGUCGAGGAACAGGAUGAAGAUAAUAUGGAUUCCGAAGAGAAAAAGUUUAUAGAUUUAAUGUGGACUUCUCCAAAAGUCAUUGGAUACUAUAAUAAAUUACAUUUGAUGCGAUCGGAUUUCAAAUACCUUAAUCUGACUGGAGAAGAUGGAUGUCCGUCACCAAAAGCAAACGCAUUUCUUCUUUCCAAUAUCCCUCAGAACUGCUAUCAGUCCACCCUUUUGACAAUCUUCGAAGAUUUCGCACCAGUUUUCGUCAGUUGGGCAGACGAUUCAAAUUGUUGGCUAACCGUAAAACACGAUAAAAAAUGUGAGAGGUUAAAAGAAAUAAAAGUAAGAGAGUUGAAGUUCUUUCAAGAGUUUAUGGAAGGCAAGAAGAGGGCAAAGAAAGCACAAGAAAGUGGAGUGACGGCAGAGAUGGGAGAAAUUACGAUCGUUUCGUGGGGAGAAUGGAUCAGAGAUAUUGUUUGGGAAGACGUGGACCAAAAACAAGCGGAGAAAGAGAAUGAAGAGAAUGGGGAAGGUAGUAACAAAGAGCUCGAUGAAACAAUACCAAUUAUUUCAAGCACCAAAUCCGGGCAACCGCCGGCAGAUAGGCUUCCGUUCCCAACGAAAGACGGUGAGGCUACCCAUUCGGUUGAGGUUAACAGAUCUGCAGAAGAAACCUGGGGCCAGGCCGGGAUCGAGGGCAAUGACAGCGCUAAUAAUGACAAUGUAAGCAGCGAGGCCAACAAUGCUAUCUCACCAAUCACGCUUGACUCUGCAAGUCAGAGUAAGCGCAGGAUUGAUGAUGAAGUAAGUGGAAGGGAUACCAAUGUAUGCGGGAAAAGUGAGAAUGAGAGUGCUAAAAAAAGUCGAACGUGUUAG